AGUUUACGACAGGUCAAUGUGUCCUUCCACACACGUGUGCUGCGUUAUCCGCCUCCGCUAGCGACGUGAAGAGCGAGCGAGUCAGUCGGGUUCGUAGUGUCUCAAAUACGUUUAAUACAAAGAACAUUCGAACAUGCUGAAGUCAGUUGUCCGCGCUGCGGGCGCCGCUCUGCGUCUUCCUGCCGUCUUCACGUCCACGGCCACGGCAAGGGCUCUGCCGCUGAGUUGCCCGACGCUGUGCUCGCCGAACGCGGCCGCCGCCGCCAGAGCCUUCACCCGCUCCCUCUGGAUGAUGAGCGGCAAAGGAGCGUCUGGCUCCAGGCCGAAGCUGCUCACGUCGAAAGCGUUGAAUCCUUCGGCGUCGUGCGGAUGCGGUGCGAUGCACACGGAGGGCGACAAAGCGUUUGGGGAGUUUCUAUUUGAUGAAAUAAAAGAGGAGAAAAAGAUUCAGAAAAGCGGAACUUUACCCAAGAUAUCUGGGGGUUGGGAACUGUCGAUGGACGGCACAGAGGCUCUCCUCACAAAACAUGCCGCUGGAGAAAAAAUCACUGUCACGUUCAACGUCAAUAACAGCAUUCUUCCAAACUUUGCGGAUGAGGCAGAACAAGGAGAUCAGAAAUCAGGAGAGGAGGCCGAAAUCUUGUCAACGCCCAACUUUGUUGUUGAAGUUACAAAACAGGCUGCGAAACAUACGCUGGUGAUCGACUGCCAGUUCCUUCAAGAAGAGACGGCGCACGGCGAAGGGGAGGAGAGCGACAUCUUCGGUGUCUUUGAGGUCAGCUUUCAGCCAGAGGGGGACCCGGAGUGGAAAGAGACCAGCUACACGCUCACCAAGGACUCUCUGAAUGAUUCCCUCUAUGACCACAUGAUGGACUUUCUGGCCGACCGGGGUGUCGACAACACCUUUGCAGAUGAACUGAUAGAGCUCAGCACUGCCGUUGAGCAUCAACAGUACAUCAAGUUUCUGGAAGAACUCAAAACCUUUGUGAAAUGUACUUAAUCUAUUUAUCGACUCCAUCUGUCCAUUUUGUCCGGUCCACGUCCGUUUGCAACUCACGCGCAUGUUUGUAGCGCUUAAAAGAUCGAGACUCGUGAGUUCGGUGCGCCGUGUCAGCGGUUCUUGGAUUAUGAGACCACAGACGUGUUCCGGAGGUGAG